GGCAGACUUUAGGCCGACACGCCGGUGCGCUGAUUGUCUCUCUACACUUUACGUUUUUGAUAAAUACUGUUAAAAUGUGAAUUGUUUUAUGUUUCUGUGCAGUUUAAUAAAUUGUAGUGAGUUUAAAUACAACGAAAUACAGGAUUCAUAAUUCAAGGAGGAGGGAUGGAGAAGCGUUGAAAAUGGAUUUGGACGAAGAUGACUUGUGGACUAAUAAAACAAAUGUCACAGAAGUAACAUCGAUGCCAGAUCACGAGUCUCUGAAUGUGAUUUUACCUCUCACAGUCAUUUAUUCAAUAAUUUUUGUCGCUGGCAUUUUAGGGAAUAUCAGUACUUGUGUAGUGAUCGCAAGAAAUCGCUCUAUGCACACAGCGACUAACUUUUACUUAUUUAGUCUCGCUUUAUCUGAUCUUCUUCUUUUGAUUUGUGGCCUGCCCAUAGAAUUAUAUCGCCUUUGGGACCCGAUAUCGUAUCCCCUUGGCGAGCCGUUGUGCCUGUCGAUGGGCUUAAUAUCCGAGACUUCAGCUAAUGCUACAGUGUUGACCAUAACUGCGUUUACCGUAGAGAGGUACAUAGCAAUAUGCCGUCCGUUUAUGUCGCACACAAUGUCCAAAUCAUCGAGAGCUGUGCGUUAUAUCAUGGUUAUCUGGGUGGUUGCAUUGUGUAGUGCGGUGCCGCAAGCGAUGCAAUUCGGUAUAGUGACAUUUAAUGAAAAGGGACGUGACAUAAGUGCGUGUACAGUAAAGGGACAUGGUGUACAUGAAGUGUUUGUUAUAUCUAGUUUUGUAUUCUUCGUCGUACCAAUGUCACUAAUAACAGUGUUGUAUGUACUGAUUGGUGUCAAACUGAAUACGUCUAGUGUGUUACAUCCAGUGAAGAAAUCGUCCAUAGAGAGUAGGGAUAAAAAUGGUUCGAUGCGGUAUAGGAAUGGAGCGUCACAAAGAAGAGUUAUAAGGAUGUUAGUUGCUGUGGCAUUAUCCUUCUUCCUUUGCUGGGCACCGUUCCACGUUCAGCGAAUAAUAGCGAUUUAUGGCAAGAAUUUGGAACAUCCUAGCGAUACGUUUUAUCUGGUGUACAUAGUGCUGACGUACUUAUCGGGAGUCCUCUACUUUCUGUCGACUGCAAUCAAUCCCUUCCUCUACAACAUUAUGUCAAACAAGUUUCGUAAUGCAUUUAAGAUGACUCUAUCAGUGUGGUGCAGCCGACGGGACGGACCUCGAUUAGGCCGUACCUACAGCGCUUUGCUGGCAUCACGGCAAAGAGCCGCUAGCGAGCGCGCAAGGUCGCACCCUCGGCUUUUACGGCGCUUAUCUACCGCCACCACCCAGCUCUGCGUGGCACCUUCACGAGCCCAGUCCUACCGAAGAAAUCUUUCCAUCGUAAACGAGUCGCCAAGUGUGAAUUGGGUGUGGCAACAGCGUCGCUUGAAUGAGGGAUCCGACUCUUUUACAUCGCCACGCAGUAUAUCAAAUUCAAGUUUACACGAAUUCGACCAAGAACUGAGCGGGGAAGAACUAGCCACUUAUAUGUAUCAAGUGAAUUGCAAUAUUGGUGGGUUAACCUGAGACACGUCUGUUUAGAUUGCCGGCACGGUUGAUCUAAACAAAGCAGCGAUAAAGCUUUUCAACUACGGGUUGAUAAAGAACUGUGAUACGAAUUGUAGAAUGUAGGUACGUUGAAAUGUGUCGUAUAGAUGUGAUAUUUGUAUCGUGCUAUUUUGUCGUUUCAGAUUUUAUGAAUGUUACAAUGAUUAGCAAAAAUCACUAAGUGUUAUCCUAAAGUAAUAAACAAUAAUUGUUUAAUAUGAUUAUUGUAUCGAAUAAGUUUUGAUGCGUUCUUUUAAUUUUGAGAAAUUUUAUGGCUAUGCUGUUUUCGAAUACUAUUAGCAGGUCAUUAUAUAAACGAUUUCUUUCAAAAAAACUUUUUAAUUGCACAAUGCCAUUUCAAAGGGAUUCAAUUUAAGUAACAUAUUUCUUUCUUGAAGUCAAUUUUCCGGAAAUUGCGGGGAUAUCAAGAUAAAAGGCUGUAUGUGUUGUAUUGAUUGCUUUUGACAGCCUAAAAUGUAUUUUGUUAGACUUCGUGCUUCGUGAUCUAUUUUAUAAAGCUUCGAAGUACAUUAGAAGUCAGAGAGAUGAGUCGGCUGAAGAUUUUAGCUUUAUUUUUGUAAUAAUUGUUCAGAAACGCUGUAAAAUUAUAACAGACCAGUAAUUUUAAUAUUAGACUGGACUAUAAUAUUGAUUAUUUGGCUAAGUCAAUUAAAUAAAUGGCUGAAUUAAUAAACAAAAUCACUGUAUAAAAAUUGGUUGGAACGAUUGUUCGUGUAGUUUUUUUAUUGGAAUGUGUAUACUGCAUAAAGCGUGAUAUUAAUUUAAUUGUAUAAUU